CACCCUAAAAUAAGUCCGACCUCUCCUCCUUGGGUGAAGGUUCAUUGCGGUCGUUAGCUGUCUACUACUGCAUAGUUAAACAUUUCAGCAAAAAUGUCUGGCCGUGUCCUCGUCGGAGUUAAGCGUGUCAUUGACUACGCUGUUAAGAUCCGGGUAAAGCCGGACAACAGUAGCGUGGUGACAGAUGGUGUUAAGCACUCAAUGAACCCCUUCUGUGAGAUCGCUGUGGAGGAGGCGGUCAAGAUGAAGGAGAAGAAGCUCAUUAAGGAGGUGGUGGCUGUCAGCUGCGGUCCACAGCAAGCACAGGAGACCAUCCGUACUGCCCUUGCCAUGGGAGCAGACCGUGGCAUUCAUGUGGAAGUGACUGGGAAAGACUAUGAAACCUUGGGACCCCUGCAGAUCUCCAAGAUCAUGGCUGCUUUGGCCAAGAAGGAGGAAGCUCAACUCAUCAUCCUUGGCAAACAGGCAAUCGAUGAUGACUGCAAUCAGACUGGCCAGAUGACAGCAGCCUUACUGGACUGGCCUCAGGGUACAUUUGCAUCAGAGGUGUCGUUGGAAGGAGACAAGAUUAAAGUGGUGAGAGAAGUUGAUGGGGGCCUGGAAACUAUUAAGAUCAACGUACCAGCAGUGAUUACCGCUGACCUUCGACUCAACACCCCCAGAUAUGCCACCCUGCCUAACAUCAUGAAAGCCAAGAAGAAGAAGAUAGCCAACAUGAAGCCAGCAGACUUGGGGGUGGACAUCACAUCCCGGUUGGAGGUGUUGAGAGUGGAUGAGCCGCCACAGAGACAGGCGGGAGUGAAGGUGGAGACGGUGGAAGACCUGGUUAGCAAACUGAAGGAGGCAGGCUUGGUAUAGAGGCUUUAGGAGCAUGAGCACGGAGCACGGAACUUGGCAGAAGGGACUCUCUAAUGAAUAACUGGACUGUGUUGCAUAAGCAUACCCGGAGGACUGUCUUAUGUAUCGGUCUAAUCCCUCUGUUUGAGGCCGGGACUCCUGAGGAUAUGCAGAGUACUGACAGGAGGGGAGGAGUACUGAGAAACACUGUCCUGCAGCAGCCCCAGACAACCCCAAAAGGAUCAUCUUGUCUUUUAUGUGAAUUUUAAACUUGCAUUCAUCUGUAUCAUAAGCUACUUAUCUGACUUUAGACAAGAAGUCUUUAUGCAAUAAUUGAAACCCAGAAACAUCUAUCACUAUCAUUCAUGCUGCUGUUUGUAUUACACUGUACACUACCAGUACGAUGCAUUUCACCAACAGGUACUUGGCUGUUUAAUCUUGUGUAUCUGUAGUCACACAUGUUGAGAGGUGCCCUUUUUGUAAAUGAUAUAUGUAAAUAUGGACCCAAACAUUGGUGAGAUGAUAACGUCCUUCAAGAUUAGUGUCGUGUCUACUGGUAAUUUGUGUAGUUUGUGUAAUUGUAACUGGGUUUCAGGACUGCGUCGACGGUGUCUCUCAGUAUGAGCAGGGGAAGAUGAUCAUGAAUCCGACUUUCACCGUAAGCGCCUCAAUUCUCCGUUGAUUGUGCCGAACAUUAACAUGACAAUAAAGCAGCCAGUCUUUUUCAUAUCAAAAUA